AUGGAAGGAACAAGUGCAGCACCAAUAAGAAAAGAGAGUGCUCAAGAUAAAACAACAGCUUCAAUACUUAUAAAUCAAUUAAUAACCUAUUUCAAUAGUCAUUGUCAAAAACAAAACAACAAUGAAAAUGGUGAUAUUUUAAUUAAUCAAAGCAAUGGUGGAGCAGUCAAUAUCAAUAUUGAGAAAAUAAUGAAAACCUUGUUAGAAUCAAUAAUAAAUGAUAUUUCAUUUUAUGCAAGUUUAUUUUUAGAAAGUGAAUCAUUAUUUCAAUCAAUUUUAAAUUCAAUUUUAUUAGAUUCAUUUGGAACUAGAAAUGAUAUAAUAUGUAAAUGGUUUUAUAGUUGGUAUAAUUUAAAUUGUAUUUCAAGUAAAAAGUUUGUAUUGUCAUUUUUACCAGCAUUGAUGUGGGUUUAUUUAAGUAAAUCACAUCCAACCAAUAAUGUUUUGAUUGGAUUAGAGUCAUGUUUAAUUUGUAUCUAUAAUCAAGAGUAUAUUAAAAGGCUUGGUAAAGAGAGGGUUUUCAAUGCACCAACUUUAUCAUUACCAUCCUAUAUCUACAAAUCUGAUGAUUUAUUCUCAAAUUCAAGUGGUAUUACCAAUAAUAAUAAUAAUAAUAGUAACACAUUAACAGAGAAUGCUUUGAAAUUAUUAACAACUCAGUUGAAACCAGUUGUUUUAGAUAAAUCUUUACCAAGAAUAGAAUUUAUUACUUCUGCUAAUAGAAUCAUAUUAUUAAAAACAAUUCAAUCUGUCUAUACUCAAAAUAUUUUAUUAUUAUCAAUGUUUUCAAGAGUUAUCUUUUGUGAAAUGAUAACAAGAAUUUCAUCAUUAGGAUAUAAAUUUAUUGAUAAUAUUCCAAUUUGUGAAAGAAUAACUAAAAUAAAUAAUAGUAAAAGCCUUUUAAAUUUAUCUGAAAUCGCUGAAGAAGAUGAAUUAUCAAUUCCACCAACUACAGCAUCAUCAUCAUCAACAACAACAAACACAACAACAAACACAACAAAUAAUAAUAGUAAUAAUAAUAAUAAUAAUAAUAAUAAUAAUAAUAAUAAUAAUAAUAAUAAUAAUAAUAAUAAUAAUAAUAAUAAUAGUAAUAAUAAUAAUCUUUGUAAUUCAGUUCAUUAUAAACCAGUUAUUGGGUUAACCAAUUAUUUAAUAUAUAGGGAUGAUAUCAUUAAACAAAAUAAUUAUAUUCAACAAUUAUCAAAGAAAAGGGUAUUCUUACCAGAGAGUAUUUAUCAAGAGUUUAUUGUUGCUUUGACUUUAUGUGCUUUUCAAGAAACAACCAAUGAAUGUGCAAAGAUUUCUAUUCAAUCUAUUAAUAAUCGUGCUAGUUUCGAUUUAGUACCUGAAAUCAUUUUAUCUUCAAAUUCUUUGUUACAUUUAUUAAAUGUUCAAAAGAAAUAA